GCCUACAUUCACUGCCCAGUGAUCAGCGGCAGUAAUAAACCGGAGGCACGAGGAACACGGAGAACUCAAACACAGAUUAUCAUAUUUAAUAUUCUCUCUCCUGGUGUUUUGAGUUCAUUUUCCAGCUGCAACAUGUUUCCAGUGUGUUUAAAAACUUUGCUGUUGGUUCUGGUGUGUGCGCGCGCCGCAUCGGCUGCAGACAGGAACGGCAGUGUACCAGGGAGGUCCUUUGCAAUCUCUGACAGUUCAGCUGAACAAAUACCAGACCCUUAUGAACAUUAUUCAGAUGAUUAUGUAGACAAAGCGAAUGGAAGUGGUUGGGAGCGUAAUGUAACAAUCUUCCACGGGCAGGAUAUCUCUGAGGAGGCACUGCUGUUUCUGACAGGCCCCGUGUCCACCAUCCUCAUUCCUUCCUUCUACACACUGGUCUGCCUCAUUAGUGUGCCGAUCAACAUCUGUGCAGUGUUGGCCUUUGCUCGGAGGAUCCGGCCUAAGAAGCCGGCAGCCAUCUACAUGCUGAACCUGGCCUGUGCCGACCUACUCUUCGCCACGCUGCUCCCCUUCAAGAUCUCCUACCACUUUGCUGGCAACAACUGGAUAUUCGGCCCGCUCAUGUGCCGUGUGGUCACUGCAGCUUUUUACUGGAACAUGUAUUGCUCUGUUCUGCUCAUAGCUUGCAUCAGCGUGGACCGGCUUCUCGCUGUGGUCUAUCCCAUCGACUCCCUGGCUUGGAGAAGGCCACGGAACGCAACCAUCGCCUGUGUAACCAUGUGGAUAAUAUCCUUGGCUGGUUCGGUGCCCCUUGUCCUCUCAAACCAGACUGUUCACAUCAGACAGCUGGACAUCACCACCUGCCAUGAUGUCCAGUACAUACAUGAGCUAAUCACGCGCUACAAGAUCUACUUCAUCACCCUCUGCUGCGCCCUCUUCUUCCUGCCUCUGCUCAUCAUUGUGGUGUCCUACACACGGGUCAUCUGGUCUCUGAGCAGGGUCCCACGAGGGGUUCCAGGACGCUCACGCAGAAGAACCAGAGCAGUGGUGAUGGCUCUGACCGUGCUGGUGAUGUUUGUGCUCUGUUUCACACCCACUAAUUGUUUGCUCCUAGCGCACUACCUGCAGUUCAACGCGGGAGUGGAGAAGAGCAAGGAGGCACCUGAUGGCUCCUACGCAGUCUAUCUGGUCUUCAUGUGUUUGGGAAGUCUCAACUGUGUCCUGGAUCCUCUGGUAUACUACUUUGGAUCAUCCCAAUGCCAGAGACAACUGUCCAAUGUGCUGAGGUGUCAGAAGAUUACAGACGGCAGCAGCAGCAGCCAUACAACCUCUGACUCUUGUCGAUCCAGCAGCAGAAAGAUCCUGAAAUCCAGUCGUACAGAAAGUUCCAAAAUAAACUCCUCAGUCACCAAAGCGGACUCUUUCCAAGCCAACCUCAACAGCCAGUACAAGAAGCUGCUGGUCCGAUAGACUCGUAUUGAAAAGACAUUAAACUGACUCCUAUCUGAUUUUAAAGUAAUAGAAAUAUUUUAUUAUGAAGUCCAAGUAACAGCAACUAAAGAGCACAAAGAUAAUCUACAAGGUUUAGCUGUCUGUAUGUAUUUUUCUUUCCUGAUUAGAAUGUAGGGAGGAUAACUGAACCCUAUCAUGCCAACACAAAUACCUAAAAGUCUUGGUUUCAUAACAAUGUGCAAUGACAUAAAUUCCUUUUUAAAUGAUGAAGUAAAAACAGAAGGAAGGAAGGAAGCUAAGAUUAGAUAAGAAUGUGCUUUAGAACAAUUCUGCUGAACACUUGAUACUAUGAAAUGCUUUUAUUUUGCACUGCAUAUGUGUUAAAGCUUAUGAGUUUAUAAGCUGCAAGUGAACCUGUGAGUAUUACAUUUAAUGGAAGUAAACUACUUUCUAUUUUGUCUUAUUUUUGUACUUUUCUGUAUGUAGUUUUGCUGAGAAGCUUAUUUUCAACCACUUAUGUUUCACAUUUGAAAAGCUGUUAAUCAUGUCUUACUUUGUACUUAAAAUAUAUAUAUGCUUACUACUUUUGUUUUUUGGCCACUUUUGUCCUCUAAGUAUAAUAUCCUUGUGAUAUUGCUUUAAAGAUAUCCAAUGAACAACAGUAAUGGGUGUAGUUUGUUUCAUGCUGUCCUCUGCUGGUUGGAAAUGUGAAGUACUUUAAAUGUCUCUCAUAUAAUGCUGUCAUCCUACACCAUUGUUUAGAUUUUUUUCUCCUCCAGCAGGUAGCGCUACUAUACUGUUAAUAAAAUGUAACCUGAAGGAUAGAAUCUGACCUCAGCCACUUCUCUUUCACUGUGUAUUAGUCUUAGGAUAGUGUUAAGAAACUAUGGCUGAAUAAAUACCUUCUGAAUCUUUC